AUGCCUGGCAAAAAAGGUAAAGACAAAGGUAAAGGAAAGAAGAAGAAAGCACCAGCCGUUCCGGAAUACGUUCCCGAACCGAAGUUAAGUGAAAAUGACAAGCGAUUUUAUACGAAACAAAUCGAAUUAUUGGAACGACAAUAUGAACGUUAUCAACAACGAUGUGAUGAAUUGAGACUUCGUCAACAAACAGAAUUGGAUCAAGUGAAAACAUUAGAACAAGAUUUCGAAAUGCUUAAAUACGCGAAGAAACAAGUUGAACUCAAAGAAGAAGAAAUCGCCGAUUUGAAAGAUCGCCUUGUCGGACUGGGACAAGCGAAAGAACUGGAGAAAGAUCUUUUACAGAAACAAUUAAACGAUCUGAAGAAUGAAAUCAACGAUUUACGCGAACGUUUCGAAGUGGAAAAUGGCGAAUUAAGAAAUCAAGUAGCCGAUUUGGAAAUGUUUCGAGCGAAGCAGGAUAGUUACUUAGCACGUCGACAACAACAAAAGGACACGUUUAAAUUCAAAGAAGAAGAUCAUGUACGGAAAUUAGAAUGUAUCGUAACAAAAGAUCAAGUCGAUCGUGACCGAAUGAAACGAGAUAUGAUUCAAAAAAUGAAUCAUGUUGCUGCGGAAUUUCGUCGUGCAUCAAAUAAACAAAUGGCGGAAACAACCAAACGAACAAUCAAUGAAAAUGCUCGAAUCGAACAAACAGUCGAUGACAUGGAAGACAUUACUACACGUGUAGAACAUGAAAAUGAGCAUAUGUUCGAUGCAAAUAAUCAACUGGAAAUGAGUAUUCAAGCAUUGAGAAACAAAGAACAACAACAUGCGUUUCAACACGCGACAUCCGCUGAAAUCAUUCAAUUGCUGGCGAAUAUGUUGACAAAUCAAGAGCAGAUUAUUGUACAGAAACAAGAACAAGUCGCACAAAUGGACGUCGCCGAACGACGUAUGAGCGAGUUACGCUCAUUAAUAUUUAAUAACGAAAAAACCUAUCCGAACCUUCGACAGGAAAAUAAGUCAUACACUGAACAAUUGAACGAGUUAGAUGAAGCGAUCGCCAAGAAAAGCAAAGACAAAACCAUCAUUCUCGCUAAUCUACGACGCGCAGUUGGAUUGAUUACCGAAUCACUUAAGAUCAGAGACGAAGAAAAAGCAUCAGGUUUCACCGCUGAUCGAUCAAGAGACUUGAUUGCUUCUGAAAAGACGGGUAAUCUUUUCAAACAACUACACGAGAUUCUGACUAGCACGGAAAAUGAAGUCGACUUGGAAGAAAUUGAACCACAGUCAAGUGACCUCGAGAAUAAACGCACGACCUUGAACGUUCGAGAGGCAGGUAAACGUCGUGAUAAUCUUUCGUACGCCCUCGGUGAUAUCGGUUUUGUUCCACGCCGUGAUGCCAUUUUAUUAACAAAUUUCGAUAAAAUGCAACAACAAGUUUAUCCCGCUCGUGAGCGUGAUAUCGUUCGACGUACAGCAAAGAAAUCUGUUGCCGUUCAAACACCUGGCCUUGCCCGAGGUUCGUUUGGUUCUGAUGUUUCACUCAAUCAUCUCGGUCCGUACGAUAACAAUGUUCAUGACUCAACACGCGAACAAUUCAAUCGACCGACAUUUGGGCCUGUAGCGCGUGUUCCUCAUGUAAUAUCAGCGACGAAUCGUGUUGUGCAAUAUCUUUUUUGA